AUGUCUGAAUCCACUCUUGAAGAUUUGCAAGAUGGAGCUGCAACAAUUUUUAAUACUCUAUUGAGGUUUAUUUAUUUCAUCUUGAAGACACCACUUCUAAUCAUCUCCUCGCUCCCUUUCCUGGCAUUUUUGAUACCCGAGUCAGUCAUUUCCUUCAUAGUGGUACCUGGUCGUCUUCUAUUAUCGAUUCCUGGAUUUAUUCAACAACUACUUGGGUUCGCACUCAAUCCAACACUUGCAAGCUUGAGUGCCACUACACUCAUUGGAGGGCUUUUCUUUCUAUUAGUCUCUCUACCAAAUAGCAAACUGGGACGUGGAGUGGAAGCACUUCAUAAUUUUCUCUGCUGGGCUCCUAUAUAUUCUGCAGUACUGCUACUUUGGACUAAUUCCGACUCCUCGCGCGAACUUUUUGCUAUACUCCACGAGUACCUCACAGCCAGUCCCUGGUCAGCAGCUUUCGUCUUCCUGUUUGUCUUCAAGUUCUUGAAGGUAGUCGUCCAUUUGUUUUCCUACAACUUCUUCUCUAGCUACAAACUUCCGCCGCUCCACCCUUCUGUUGUACCCAGCGAUGUUACGGUAAUCAUAGCAACCGUUGGUGAUUUUGCCGACGAGUUUGUCAGAACUAUCGAAUCGGUCCUCGAAAAUCACCCAGCCAAGAUCAUAAUCUCGACAGUCGGAACAGAGAAACUCAUACAAGCCCGCAGAGUCGUCGAAAGAAUCAUGAGAGAGAAACGACUUCCAGGACGAAAAAUCGAGGUUCUCGCCGUUCACCAACCAAGCAAACGUCUUCAAUGCGUCCAAGCUUCCCUUCAGGUGAGAACUGGACUUAUUGCCUAUGUCGAUGAUCAUGUCUUCUGGCCUCCCACUUUUCUCCAAAGUGUUCUCGCAGAAUUUGAAGAUCCAGCUGUGGGUAUUGUCGGAACCUCUAAACGUGUCAUCCGCGAGCCUGGAGACAAUUGGUCUGAUUCCCUCCGCAACUUCUUAGCUUGUAUCUACCUUGAGCGCCACAAUUAUGAGCUCACUUCGACCUACAACAUAGACGGCGGAGUAUGGGUUAUCUCUGGAAGAACAUGUUUACUCCGAACAGAUAUUGUGCAAACAGUCGAUUACAGAACCAAAUUCCUCUCCGAAACUUUCUUGGGAGCCCGUCCAGUCAAUUGCGACGAUGAUAAUUUCAAUACCAGAUACAUGAUUAACCAUGGCUACAAAACUGUAUUUCACAACAGACCAGAAGCUCUCAUUGAAACAACUCUAGGUACCUCAGGCGGUUGGCCCAAAUUCUACCAACAACUUCUUCGCUGGUCCCGAUCAAUCUGGCGCUCCCACCUCAAAACCAUCCUCCUCGAUGGAAAAUGCUGGAAGUUUUGUCCCUGGACUAGCUACGCCAUGUUUGUCUCUGGAUUGUUCAACAUCUCUCUUAUCUAUGAUUUUCUCUUGUUCUUCACGCUUUUCAAAUCCGACAUUCACACUGAGAAUAAUCACGCUGGUGCACAUCUUUUGUGGGCAUUAUUUUUGAGUCGUUUGAUUAAGUCGUGGCCUUAUUAUAUCCGCAAUAAGCAUGAGAUGUGGUGGGCUGUACCAGCAGAACUUCUUUUCGGCUACUUUCAUGGAAUCAUUAGGUUGAAUGCGCUUUUGACUUGUCGUGAUAUUGGUUGGGGUGGAAGAGAUCUAACGGAGCUUGAACCAGCUACUGGUGCUGUAAGACUGCCAUAA